AUGCGCAUUACCUCUACCUUGUUCCCAGUCGUGGGCCUAGCAGCUGGUCUCGCUAGUGCUGCCUAUGUACUCCAGGACGAUUAUAGUCCUGAUGUGUUUUUUGACAAGUUUGAUUUCUUUACUGACAGCGACCCGACCAAUGGUCAUGUCAAAUAUGUGGAUCGAGACACUGCGCAGAGCGGAGAGUUGAUCUCUACCGGCUCUUCAAUUCAUAUGGGUGUGGACCACACCAAUAACGCUCCCGAUGGACGCCAGAGUGUGCGUCUAUCUAGCACCCAAACCUACCACCAUGGUCUCUUCAUCCUCGAUCUAGGCCAUCUGCCCACCGGCUGUGGUACCUGGCCCGCUUUCUGGAUCCUUGGUCCCGACUGGCCCAAUGGCGGCGAGGUCGACAUCAUCGAGGGCGUCAACGACGCCACCCAAAAUCAAAUGGCCCUGCACACCAGCGAUGGCUGCAGCAUCGACGACUCCGGCUUCUCAGGGAGCCUCCUCACCUCCAACUGCUUCGUCAACGCGGAGGGCCAGGAUAACAACGCUGGCUGCGGUAUCCAGUCCGAUAGCACCGAAUCCUACGGGGCCGGUUUCAACUCUGGCAGUGGCGGCGUCUACGCAACCGAAUGGACCGGAGACGCAAUCUCAGUCUGGUUCUUCCCUCGCUCUUCCAUCCCCGAAGACAUUGGGUCUGGAAACCCAGACCCGUCUUCCUGGGGAACACCGUCGGGAAAAUUUGCUGGCAGCUGCGACAUAGAGUCCCACUUCGGGGAUAUGCAGAUCAUCUUCGACAUCACCUUCUGCGGUGACUGGGCCGGCGCCGUUUGGGGGAGUGGUACUUGCUCAGCUAACAACGGCGGGAGCUGCGAGGACUUUGUCUCGAAUAACCCGGCCGCAUUUGAGGAGGCAUACUGGGAUAUCAACUCCCUGAAGGUCUACCAGGACGGAGCUGCGUCGAAGCGUGGUGUCGAGGUUGAGCGCCCCAAGGCUCGCGGGUUCCCGCGUAAGUCAUUGAGGGCUCGGGCUGGAACCCUCUGA